ACGGACAGAUUUAUUUGGUGGUGUGUGCAGCUGUGGAGAAAAACUGGAACGAAAAAAUUGAUUUUUGCGUUAUUCAACCACCCAGGUGUGUACUAUUUGUGGAUUUAGUGAAACUGCACGGUGAAAACCCGCGCUAGAAAGAUUUGUCCGCUGAAACGUAACGACAGAAUUAGCAAAACAACGGUGUGGAAACUUCGCCAAGGUUCUAGAACAAACCCGCAUUGGCGUUCGUCGCGGGUUGCGAGCAAAAGGAGUGCGAGUGUGUGUGACAAAUAAUAAAGCAAGCACAGACCGAGUGACGGACGUACUUCGCGACAGGCAUACGCAAGUAAAGGAAAGUGAAAGAAUGUCGUCACAACAGGAGCAACCACAGCAACAGCAGCCUACUGUGCGGCACAUUCCGAUUUUCGUUGAAGGUCGUUCCGAACCGCUGAUAAAUACGACACCCGAAUCGCAACCUUCACAACCAUCCCAGCACCAUCCAUCGGCUGGCAUGGAGGCUCCCAACAUGGAAAUGCCCAGUCGGAACGAUUUCUUCAAACACGGCCCAAUUUUCGAUCGGGCGCGUGAUAUCCCGGUGCGGUCAAACUUUCCAGGUUUUCAGGGUUUCGAUGGGUUUAAACGGGAAGCUUCGCCUGGUGCCAGCAGAACGUCUCCCUUCCCAGAUAUCUCUAACCAUAUGUGGCCCGAGUCGGAUCCGCUCAAUGCCAAUGUGCCUCGCGGAACUUCGAUUCCCAGACAAACGCCUUCGCCUUCUGCCGCUCACCAGCAGCAAAAGCCAAACACGGCCACUUCACAACAGCAACAACAUGUGCCCCGGACAUCGCAACCACAGCCGCAUCCGCAAACACAUCCGCAACCGCAACCUCAGCAGCAGCAACCGCAGCAACAGCAACCUGCUGGGCAGGAUCAACCGGACAGCCGCCCAAAGAUGCCGACCAGGGAGGAUCCUAUUACGAAAAUCCAAAAAAUUCAAAAGGAUGUGCUCGCCAUCUUCGACCAGGUGGAACAUUUCAAGGGCGGCAAGGAGGGCAAGAAAGACAAAGCGUACAUCUAUCUGGACGAGAUGCUGACGCAGAACCUGCUGAAGCUGGACUCGAUCGAUGCCGAGGAUCAGCCCCAAAUCAAGUCCGCCCGGAAGGAAGCGAUCAAAAGCAUAAACACCUGCAUCGCGGUACUGGAGGCAAAGGCCGAAGCAGGUGCUAGUGGGAGCGCCAAUGCUAGCACCGGUUCGAUCGGGAAUGCUAAUGCAAAUAGCAGCAGUAAUGGUAUCGAUGCUAACGGCACGAACCAGUCCGCCUCGAAUAUUUCAAUUCCUCACUCGUCGUCCAAUUCUAGUCAACAGCAGGCCAAUGAAGUUGCGAAGCAGCAGUGAAACUGGCGAAGGUUUGUCCCCGAUUUUCCGCCCUUCCCUCAGCGGAAUCAUCAUCCCCCCUCUAGAGCAGUUGCAAAAAAAUGAGAUACUCUACACGAUCAUCACUCCCGUUGAAGCAUCGGUUCAUCGGUUUUGGUCCAUUUUUGUUGCUACUGUUCGAUGUUCGAUGAUACGCUUGAUUUUUGUACGCUAUAUCCUACGUGUGUCACAUGGAGACCAUUCGUCACAAUAGCCAGGGCAGCUCGUUCUGCAUCAAACAUACAUUACUUCGUCAUUGUCUUAACCGUCCUGAUCGUCCUAGAUCGUGAAUUUCUCGUAGCCAUUCAACGAGGCUAACAAAAACUCCAAGUUGUUUUCAUCAGGAUCAGCGCUGAGUCAUCGAAGCGAUAGGUUGGCGAUCCUUUACUGGUGCUUCUCUAAGAAGGAGACUGGUGGUACGUUAUAUUUAUGCUUUCUAUGUAUUAUACUUGCAGCUAGUAGAGUGAACAGCAGGAAGAGCUUGACAGGGUACUACAAACAAAGCGGAUAGUGUUGGUAGAAUGUAUUAAAAUGGCACUUGAUUAAUGCUUAGGGGCGCGCACACAUUGAGUAGGAUUUGGUUUUAGGAGCGCUGAGGCCAACUGAACUUCGAAGCAAAAGCGAAAUGUGACCAUAGAUUGGAGACAUAUUUAUUUUUCUUAUUUUUAGUUAGUAAGUAAAAAGAAACAACAACAAACAUUUCAUGCAAUUUUGUUAAGGGUUUUUUUAUGAACUGGAGCAGCGAGCAGAAGGGAGGGAAGAUUAUAGGGCGCUCUGAAUAGAAACUGAAACAAAAAACGACAUCGAUAACAAUGAUAACGAAUAUUAACAAACCUUGCAAACCGGUUGCUGUUGUGGAUUGUGUUUCCCUCUUCUGGCCGGGUGUGGAAAUUUGUACAUGCUGCCAACGGUGGGACUAGGAAGCAAACGCAACCAUUUAACCGUCACAAUAACUUUGAACGAUAUAAUUUUAACAAUAAACAAAAAAACACUCACCCAGUUUGUUUAAAAUAGACAAUAAAACAUUCAAACACCUCUUCGAUGCGUUAUUGGCGGGGUAUAGUUAGUUAGUUCUCUCUUGGUAAUUUCUAGACGAACAGGGCACUGGAACUUUGCGCCCAACUUUAACGUCGUACUAAUUGUUCUUCUGUUUACGCUUUCACACGCUGUGCCAUCUUCAGCUGACUUGUGAAGAUAUCGAAUAAAGUUUAAUGGUUACACAUAA